GCUGCUAAUCUCUACUUCUCCCAGAUUGAAGAUCUUAUGUUCGAAAUGUCCAUGUGGCGUUGCAAUGAGGAACUUCGUGUUCGAGCAGAAGCUCAAAGGUGUGCCAAAAGGGAUGCCAAACACUAUAUAGAAUUUUGGAAACAAAUCCCUUCAAAUGAGCCAUACAGAGCCAUUCUUGGAGACGUGAGGGACAAGCUUUACAACACACGUGAGCGUGCGCGUCAGUUACUGUCCAGCGGCGUUUCAGACGUUCCAGAGGACGCGGUUUUCACUAGUGUGGACCAGGUGCGUUCUUUAGCUCUUCCCAGUGUUCUAAAAAAUCAGUCAUGCCUAAAAUAAUUGUCUUAAAUUUUGAUAUAUGUUAUUCAUAUCGGUUUAAACCGUUUUAAAUUGGUUAAAUUUAGUUUAAAUCGAUCUAAAUUGGUCUAAAUUUAUUAAAUCAAACAAUAAUUUCUAACGUAAAUCCACAAAUUA